GGGUGCCACUACAUCCACCCAUCCAGCGACGCAGUACAGUACGAGCUAGAGCCUAGAGCCACUAUCUCCCCUAUCCACUAUUUCGUGAAUACGCCGUUCCCCAAGGUCAAUCUUGGUUCGAAAUGCACUUUGUCAAGAAAUGCAUUCGUGUGUUGCAGUGUAGCAUUCAGACAGCAGCGGUUGCUUAUUGCAUUGUCGAAUUUGGUGCAGACUUUGUUAUCUGUUCAGGAGCUUCCAUGGAACCGACCAUCAAGACGAGAGACAUCGUCCUCACUGAACAUGUUUCCAUUGCUCUGAGGAACAUCCAGAGCAGGGGAGACAUCGUGGUAGCAAAGAGUCCCAGCAAUCCCUUACAAUUUGUCUGCAAGCGCAUCAAGGCUGUUCCAGGGGACAUCCAGACAUCGGGACAAGUGGUUCCCAUUGGCCAUGUCUGGCUCCAAGGGGACAAUGAAGGAAAUUCCACAGACUCAAGGACAUACGGUCCUGUACCAAUGGGCCUUCUUCGUGGCAGGGCUAUGUGUAGGGUGUGGCCUCCAGAGAGAAUAGCAGUCUUUACAAGAUGAAGGCUUUUUAUUGUUUACUGUGGAGCCCCCCGGCCUCGUCCAAAGCCACCCCUCUGCAAAAGAAAAAUAAAUACUUUUCACCAACAGG